AUGGAUGGCUGGUCUGCACUCGGGGCAGCAGCAGCGAUCGCCCAGUUCAUAGACUUCGGCAUCAAGCUUGUUUCCACAACAGUGAAAAUCCACAAGUCCCCCCGGGGUGUAACUGGGCUACAGGAGCACAAGCUUGUUGUAGAGCGUCUGCAGGCUCUUGUCGAUCAGCUUACGGACUCAAGUUCACUGACUGGGCAAAAUACCGUUGAGAAUGAUCUCGCGAUUCAGGCGAUCUGCGAUGAGUGCAAGCGCACAGGCGGGGAAUUGCUCGCUGUCGUGAAGAGAGUCUCUGGAGAUCGUUCAACCGGCGUUGUGACUCGACUAAAAGAGCAUGGCAAUCGCAGGAAGUGGAAGAGUUUCCGACAGGCUCUAAUACAGGUCUGGAACGAGGAUAAAGUGGUUGAGCUUAGCAAUCGAUUGCACAUUCUCAGGCAGGAGCUUACCGUACAUUUGCUGGGCGCACUCAGCACUCAGGCCGACCGAAGGGCCUGUGGAGAAGGUCAGACGAGUCUUGUUGGCCAAGAAUUCCUUCAGACCCUUGCCGAACCUGAGCAAUGGCGAGAGUAUCUAAUAAACGCCCUUCAGCAGAAAGGGGUUGAAAAGCAUCUGCCGCCGACGGACAUGGAGCCCCCGGGGGCCACCCAUUAUUACGAAGAUUCCACCAUCGCUGUCAUGAAGAGCCUUGAAUAUCCGGGAGUUAUGGAUCGCGAAACGAGUAUAUCAAAGGCACACGAGGAAACUCUGAAAUGGAUUUUCAGAGACCCCGAGCCUCAGGGGUUUCAGUGGGCUAGCUUCGUAGACUGGCUGGAAAGCGAUACAUCUCCCAAUCUCUACUGGGUCACCGGGAAGGCCGGUUCUGGUAAAUCAACGUUGAUCAAAUACAUUCACCGGCACGAACUCACCAUGCGAGCUCUGGGUAAAUGGUCACCGAGCCAGCCCGUGGUUACGCCUGUUUUUUAUUUCUGGAAUUCCGGCAGGCCGACGCAGAUGUCCUUGCUCGGUCUACUACAGACACUCCUCCUUGGGGUUCUUCGUGAAAGACCAGAGUAUAUACCGCUGGUGAGCAGAUCACGAUGGGAGGCGCAACGUUUAUUUGCCACGACAAUGCCGUCCUGGACUCAGGAAGAGGUUCUAGAGGCUUUGAUAGUGGCUAUCCGUCAUUGCGCCCAAUCCUCGAAAUUGUGCCUAUUCAUUGACGGACUUGACGAAUUUGAAGGAAAUCCCGAAGUUCUCAUCACAUUAGUGAAAAGCUUCCUAAUACAGAAUGUCAAGGUCUGUGUUGCCAGUAGGCCGUGGCCUGUCUUUCGCGAUGCAUUUGGUCAAGACCCAGGUCUCAUCCUAGAGCACUUAAACCUACCUGACAUUACGCUCUACGUCACAAACUGUUUGAAUAAUAACGCUGGGUUCCUGGAGUUGAAGGCACAUGAGCCCACGCAUGCCGACGCUCUGGCGCAUGAAAUUACCCUACGGUCGUCGGGUGUGUUCCUUUGGGUUUCCUUGGUGGUUCAUGCACUCCUCCAAGGGCUCUCACGGGGAGACCGACUUUCCGACAUGCAGCGGGCAUUAGAAGAGCUUCCAUCCGAGCUAGAACACCUAUUCGAUGUGAUGAUUAACUCCCUUAGCCUGCCUGCUCGCAAAAGAGCGGCGGAGAUGUUUCGUAUCGCAGAGGCAGCAAGAGGUCCACUUGCGCUCCUGGUAUUCGGAGACGCAGACGAAGAAAACCCAAAAUACGCCCUUGAAUUCGAGCCAAGAGUCCGCUCACAAGACCAGAGGCUUAGUCGCUGCCUUGGAAUAGAGCGCCGCCUUAAUAGCUAUUGCAAGGGACUGUUGGGGGUGAAGAUGCUUCGGAUAUCCAAAGAUUGUACAGAGGGCAAGCCUAUCAAGGUGAACGAUGCACAGCAAAUGCUUUCUUCACUGCAUGACCCUGAAGACAUCGCCGAUUACGUGGAUGGAAUCUGCAACUCAAGGGUAGAGUAUCUCCAUCGAACUGUCAGAGACUACCUCACCCGACCAAAUGUCAAAACGCAGCUAGACGAAUGGUCUGCAUCCGCCUUCCACCCGGACCUCUCGCUUGCCAGCGCAUUUCUCAUCAACCUUAAAACUAUUGACCCUAUAACCAUAACCCGCACUGGGUUUUGGUGGCCGAUAAAUCGGUGCUUGGCAUACGCGGCACGUUUUGAGAAAAGAACAGCUUCAAGUCCAGACACAUUCCUCAACGAGCUCGAUCGAGUGGCCUGCAACCUGUCCCUGAGUAGAACCGGUGAUAACCAGACAGUCUGGCGCUCCAUCGCAAAGGUCCCAAAGCAAAAGACAGCGCCCCCCUGGCCAAGCACACUCGCGCCGAUAGGGAGCAUCGAGGAACGAUCUUUUCUCGGACUGGCCCUCCAAUGCAACUUAUACAGCUACGUCCAGACCACCCUACAAACCCGCCCGCUGACGGAACUCGAAAUUACCGGCUGGCCUCUCCUAUUAAGCGCAUUAACCGGAUACAACGUAAGCGGCGCGGAUGUCCCCAUCUUCGAAACACAGUCCCCACCAACAAGUCUCCUUGAAAUGCUUCUUCGCAAAGGUGCGGAUCCUCGCGCUUCCUCUGUUGCAAAUCUCACAGCCUGGCAAUUUGUGCUACAGGAAUGUCACCGCGCGUCUGGGACGAACGCGGCUCCUGGGGAUUCUGUACCCUACUGGGUCGACGUCUUGUUGGUGUUCGCUGAAUGGAGUGCUGACAGCCGGCAACCAAUUCCUAUUGAUGCGUGGGCUGUGAUUCAACGCUACUGGCCGGAUAUAGCGAAGGCCCUCAGGGCCAAGAUCCGUAAACAUCGCCCGUCUGGUAUAAUCCGGUGGCUGUCAUCCCUACAUCAAAGCACCUAG